AGAAAUGGACGUUUCCUCGUCCCCUUUGAGAGUUGAGACCCUCUCUGACACCAGGAGUGAACUUUUAGGUUCUCCAUCUCACGCUUUCUUCUUCCUUCCCCUGCUCUCCAUAUAUAUAUUCCUCUCUCUCUCUCUCUCUCUCUCUCUGAUCAAUCUUCUUCUAUAAACAGACCUGCCAUCGUGACGGCCUGCAGCUAAUGAUGAGAGAGGAGGUCAAAUCGUAGAACUCCAAUCAGGUUGGUGCUCGAUCCCAUCUUUUUGAUCCCUGUGCUCCAUCAAGGGACAAGGACUAAAUUAGAUCGGAUUUCAAAUUAAACAAUACCAACCUGACGAUUGAUGAAGAUGGGCAGGCUAGUGCCAAACUGGUGGUGCUGCUCCAUAUUCGCUAGCUAGACAACAGAUUGAUCUGAUACUUUUGGUACUCGAGCUCAGAGAAAUCACCAAUCCUUUUCUAACAUGUGUGUCAAGGGAAAAGGAGUGUCCCAAAUCCAUGGCGGCCUGAUCUGCUGACAACUUCCACAGCAUCUGGCCUUUGAUUUGCCAAGCAUAAAAAGCUGAUCCCGAGCAGCAGAGUUCCACCUGCUUCUUCAGAUUGCACAGUUUCGGUUCUCCCAACAUGACGCGUCCGUUUCUAUGAAAGGCUACACCUGCAUCCUUUGAGCUUCUUCUUCCUGAUUUCAGAGAUCAUGGCUACAUACUUCUCGACCAACAUGCCGGGAAUUCAGGCUGCGGACAAUAUGCAGACACUGUACUUGAUGAACCCAGGUUUUGUUGGAUUCCCUGACGCGCCGGCACAGGGAAACAUAUUUAUGUUCGGCCAACAUGCCGGAAAUCAGUUGCCGGGAAACGAACAGCAAUUUAUCAGCAUCCCCAUGAUGGCUCAACCACCGGCUAUGGGCAGCCACCCAAGUGAGUUGAGUCCUGCCAUCAACGCCGCCUCCAAUCUCAGGCAGCACAACCUGUGGAGGAACAAUCCAAGUGAAUUCUCGUUUGUCCAAUCGAUCAACCAGACCAGCCCCACCACCACCAACGCCAGUUCCUCCGGGAACCAACAUCAUAUUCCGGGAAUUGUCGCCGAUUCCGGCCAUCAAUCCGUCGGCGAAGUCCCAUCGCAGGUCGGCCUGCGGAGGGAGCAGCAGGGUGGGCUGUCACUGAGCCUGUCUUCCUCGCCGGUGCAAUUCAUGGCCUCAACCAAUUCUUUCAGGUCGGACGCACCGGCAGCAGCGGCGGUGCUUCCAUCUUCGGCAGGAGGCGGCGGCAGCGGCGGGGAGGAAACUGGAGAGGAGAGGACCGUGAAAUGGGAAGGUGGACUGCAGAGCGUUUUAAUGGGGUCCAAGUAUCUGAAAGCUGCGCAGCAACUUCUGGAUGAGGUUGUGAAUGUGGGGAGGGGGAUGAAGAGCCAGGGGGAUGCUAAAUCGACGGAAAAGGAAGGCAAGACCAAGAAGGAACCGACGGCUGAAGAUAGAGGAGAUGUGGGGAGCAACCAAGGGAGUGAAUUGAGUGCUGCAGACAGGCAAGAGCUUCAGAUGAAGAAAGCUAAGCUGAUCACCAUGAUGGAAGAGGUGGACCAGAGGUACAAACAGUACCGCCAUCAAAUGCAGGUGGUGGUCUCAUCCUUUGAGGCUGCAGCCGGUGCUGGCGCCGCGAGGGCUUACACUGCCCUCGCCCUGCAGACCAUCUCCAAGCAGUUCAGGUGCCUGCGUGACGCCAUUUCCGGGCAGAUCAGGCUAACAAACAGGAGCUUGGGAGAAGAAGACGGACUCGGCGGCAGCGGCAAGGCCGAUGUCUCGAGGCUUAGGUACAUCGAUCACCAGCUGAGGCAGCAGAGGGCAUUUCAGCAGCUGGGCAUGGUGCAGAACAAUGCCUGGAGGCCGCAGAGGGGACUUCCGGAAAGAUCAGUCUCGGUGCUUAGGGCUUGGCUCUUUGAACACUUCCUUCACCCAUACCCUAAAGAUGCAGACAAGGUGAUGCUUGCCAAACAAACAGGCCUAACUAGAAGUCAGGUGUCAAACUGGUUCAUAAAUGCACGAGUUAGGCUGUGGAAGCCAAUGGUUGAAGAGAUGUACAUGGAAGAGAUAAAGGAGCAAGAAAACGAGGGCAAGUCGGAGGAAAUUAAACCAAGCAAGAGUGCAGAGGCCAACGAGGACUCAGCUGAAAUGAACCCUGCAGAGACAGAGAGCCCUCCCGCUGCAACUCAAGCCAUCAACAAGAGCACCAAAAGCCAAAACGAAGAGACAACUGGGAAAAGAUCUUCACCACCAUCCCUUUCCACAGCAACUACUGCCAUCUCAAGCCUCGGAAACCUUAGAAACCUGACCGGGCUUGGCCUCAUUAUGUCCCCCUCCUCAUCUGAUCAUGCACCAAGCAUCCUUGACAAUGAUUCUCUCAACCAAUUCACACCAAAAAAGAUCAGAAACAACGGUUUCCAUAACUUAAGUCCACUUCCAUCUGUGAACACCAACACCAGCAUCACUGCAGAGGCACCAAACGCAGGAGGAUUCGUCAAUCGGCAAGGCUAUGACCUUGCAGCAGCAGUUGCUGCCGCUGCUGCAGCAGCAACUGAAAAUGGAGGAAGUUAUGGUUCUUACCAAAUGGGUGAUAUUGGGAGAUACAGCCAUGAUUCUUUUGCACCUAGAGGAAGUGGGGUCUCCCUCACUUUAGGCCUUCCUCAUUGUGAUUCACUGUCUCUGUCUGGUUCACAGCAUGCCUGUCUCUCUAGCCCAACCAUGGCAAUGGGGAGGAGGCAUGAUUUGGGGAGUGAAUCUUCAAAUGGUUUCUGCAUUCAGAACCCUAGUGCAGCAGCAGCUGCAAGUCACCCAGGCAAUGCCUAUGACACCAUCACCAUGCAAGGCAGGAAGCGAUUUGCUGCUCAACUGUUACCAGACUUUGUUAUUUGAGAAUCUAUCAAAGUUCUGUUCCCCAUAGAAACAUUUCCAAUGACAGAACAUCAGAUUAGCAAUAGAAGAGAUAGUUAGGUGAAGAUUUUAGAGCCCAAAUGCCAUUUGGCUGCAGUCAUACUUAUACAGAUAGUUGUAGCUUCACAUCCUCAACCAUAUUAGCCUUGUAAGUUAAUGCUUUUCCUUUUUCGGGAUGAAGGGAAAAUUUUAGUAGUUUAGUGUAAAACUUGAAAAAUAGGAUGGAUGUGUACAAUAUCGGGGUCUAUGUAGGUGAUAUAUUUUAUGUCAUUAAGGAAUGUAUACUAUUUUGUUUCUUGAUUGGAGAUAGUUUAUUCAUCAAGAAAUUGAAGACACUGUGAUCUUAAAGCAGCAAUCAUGCUUCGAUAAUAUAUUUGUGUAUUGGUAGCUCA